AUGGUUAUGGGGUUGUUGAUGUUCUCCACCCUUGUUCUUGCGUUGAUGGCUGGUGUCGUCGUCUAUUCUAUGGAUUCCAUUAAAGUGAGAUUGGUGGGUGGUUCUCAUGCUGGUGAGGGGAGAGUUGAGGUGUUCUACAACGGCACAUGGGGCACUGUCUGUGAUGACGACUGGGAUGACAACGAUGCCCAUGUGGUCUGCAGAAUGUUUGGUUACAAUCACAACGGUUGGGGGUUACACGACUGUGAUCACUCUGAGGAUGCUAGUGUCAGAUGUGUCGCAGCAGUUCCUGUUGAAGUGAGAUUGGUUGGUAGUGCUCGACCCGGUGAGGGCAGAGUCGAAGUGCUCCACAACGGUGAAUGGGGCACUGUCUGUGAUGACGGCUGGGAUGACUUGGAUGCCAGUGUGGUCUGCAGAAUGCUUGGGUACAAUCCCAGUGGCUCUGUUUCCAUUCCCAGUGCUCAUUUCGGCCAAGGUACCGGUUCCAUUCUUAUGGAUGAAGUUGCCUGCACUGGGAGUGAGGCCUCUAUCAAAGAUUGCAAUCACAGCGGUUGGAGCUCACACAAAUGCGAUCACUCUGAGGAUGCUAGUGUCAGAUGUGGCACAACAACAACACCUGUUAAAGUGACAUUGGUGGGUGGCUCUCGUGUCGGUGAGGGAAGAGUUAAUGUGUUCCACAACGGUGAAUGGGGUACUGUCUGUGAUAACGAUUGGGAUGACAACGAUGCUCGUGUGGUCUGCAGAAUGCUUGGUUACAACCCCAAGUAUUCUGUAUCCUUUUACGGCACUUAUUUCGGUCGAGGAUUUGGUCCCAUUCUAAUGGAUAACGUGGCCUGCUCUGGGAACGAAGCAUCUAUCCAGGAUUGCGGCCACAGAGGUUGGAGGUCACACAACUGUAGUCACUUUGAAGAUGCUGGUGUCAGAUGUGUCCCGAUAAGGCCUGUUGAGGUGAGAUUGGUGGGUGGUGCUCGUGCCGGUGAGGGAAGAGUUGAGGUGUUCCUUUAUGGCGAAUGGGGCACUGUCUGUGAUGACGGCUGGGAUGACAACGAUGCCCGUGUGGUCUGCAGAAUGCUUGGUUACAACCCCAAGUAUUCUGUAUCCUUUAACGGCACUUAUUUCGGUCGAGGAUUUGGUCCCAUUCUAAUGGAUAACGUUGCUUGCUCUGGGAGCGAAGCUUCUAUCCAAGAUUGCGGACACAACGGUUGGAGGUCACAUGACUGUGAUCACUUUGAGGAUGCUGGUGUCAGAUGUCUCGAAGCAGGGCCUGUUGUGAGAUUGGUGGGUGGCUUUCGUGACACUGAGGGAAGAGUUGAGGUCCUCCAUAACGGCGAAUGGGGCACUGUCUGUGAUGACGGCUGGGAUGACAACGAUGCUCGCGUAGUCUGCAGAAUGCUUGGUUACAAUCCCACUGGCUCCGUUUCCCUUUCCCGAGCUCAAUUUGGUCAAGGUACUGGUUCCAUUCUUAUGGAUAACGUCGACUGUUCUGGGAUAGAGACCUCUAUCAAAGAUUGUGGACACAGAGGUUGGAAGACACACAACUGUGCUCACUCUGAGGAUGCUGGAGUUAGAUGUGUUGCAGCGACACCUUUUGAUGUGAGAUUGGUAGGUGGCUCUCGUGUCGGUGAGGGAAGAGUAGAGGUGUUCUACAACCACGGAUGGGGCACUGUCUGUGAUGACAGCUGGGAUAACAACGGUGCUAGUGUGGUCUGCAGAAUGCUUGGUUACAAUGGCUCUGUUUCUUUUUCCGGCGCUCGUUUUGGUCAAGGCACUGGUUCCAUUCUUAUGGAUAACGUCGUCUGCUCUGGAAGUGAGACUUCUAUCAAAGAUUGUAAACACAGAGGUUGGGGGACACACAACUGCGAUCACUCUGAGGACGCUGGUGUCAGAUGUGUUGCAGCAAGGCCUGUUGAAGUGAGAUUGGUGGGUGGUUCUCAUGCUGGUGAGGGAAGAGUUGAGGUGUUCCAUAAUGGGGAAUGGGGCACUGUCUGUGAUGACGGCUGGGAUGUCAAUGAUGCUCGUGUGGUCUGCAGAAUGCUUGGUUACAAUCCCAGUGGUUCUGUUUCCUUUUCCGGCGCUCGUUUUGGUCAAGGCACUGGUCCCAUUCUUAUGGAUAACGUCGCCUGCUCUGGAAGUGAGACUUCUAUCAAAGAUUGUAAACACAGAGGUUGGAGGACACACAACUGUGAUCACUCUAAGGAUGCUGGUGUCAGAUGUGUCGUUGCAGGACCUGUUGCAGUUGUAAGAUUGGUGGAUGGUAAAUGUGACGGCGAGGGAAGAGUUGAGGUGUUCCAUAACGGCGAAUGGGGCACUGUCUGUGAUGACGGCUGGGAUGACAACGAUGCCCGGGUGGUCUGCAAAAUGCUUGGUUACAACAACCGUGGCGCAACUGCAAUCCGUAGAGCUUCGUCUGGCCGAGGUUCUGGACCCAUUCACAUGGGGCAGGUGGCGUGUACUGGCAGAGAAAGUUCCCUGAAAGACUGUCCCCAUGACAAAUGGGGAACACAAGACUGUGAACAUUCGGAAGAUGCUGGUGUCAGGUGUUUGCCAUAAGAACAUAUUACCAAAUCAUAGCAAGGAUCCACCUGGACAAAAUAGCAUAAUUAUUUCCUAUUGCACUGCCUUGAAGUUUUCAAGGUAUCAUACUAUACACGUACGAUGAAUGUAAGCACUCUGACAUAUACUACCUUGCCUCUUAUCGCUGCUUUACCCAUACUAAAUACCAGUUUAUAUGCUUUUAAUCCAAUGUAUCCAACUAUUUCGAUGAAGACAUACUGUAGAGCUCAUUAUUACACACAUUUUUU